GUCUCUUGCUAGAGACGUCGAAUACACAAUGCUUGGACCUACAGUAUAGAAAACUCCUGAGCAUCUGUAGGAGACAAUGUGUCCGGUAUAGUCUCGCUCGUUUUGUAGUAUGCAUCGUGCAUUGUGUUAGGGGGAGGUCCUUUGUAGUGCUGGAGUCAUGUUGUUUAAUCAGAUAUACCACACCUACUCGAAGGAUAUGCACAGUUAUUGACCAAUCACACGGUUUUAUGGAUACAGGGAAUUCCAACACCCCUUUCAUCUAUAACUACAUGUAUUACAUGUACAGUAGAACCUCGAUUAUCCAGCCCUCGAUUAUCCGGAACCUCGAUUAUCUGGCUUGGCAGUUUUCUUGUUAUCAGAUCAGAAAAUGGGCGUGUCCCUCAAACGCGCAUGCGCGUUGCAGCUGUUACCAUGGAGACAUGCCUGCUUAUCUUCUGCGCAUGUGCAGACAACCGUGUGGCACUGCUGUUUAUCAAUAAAGUGGGUGGAUCAAGGCGUGGUUUAUCUAUUCGAUUAUCCGGCCUGCUGGAACCAAGGUGUCCGGAUAAUCGAGGUUCUACUGUACAGUGGUUUGCACAACAGUUGUCCAGAGCAGGAAUUUGUUUGUUUAUACAACACUUUCCUAAUAUGGACGUACUAUGUAUGUGCUAAUACAUUCCUAAUAGGUAACGUAAGGUGUCAUAAUAGUCUGGUUGACCACAGAACUUACACAUAUACGACCACUCCUCAAUCUCAGCACAAAUAUAGACUUAGCUACGUAGUGUUUCGUAUCUGUACUACUGCAGUCUAAGAUGAGUAGCUCGAAAGAAGGCGCUAUGGCCUUAGAUAGCUGGGGCUACGCAACACCUGAGACAUUGGAAGCUUGCCAGGAAAGAACCACACAAUGGAAACCAGCUCUCUUGGAGCUAGCUAAACAAGUUCACAAAGCCAUGCUGCAUUACAAGCCCGACCUUCAGUCCAAGCUCACAGUACAGUGGUAUAUCAGUGAUGGGAGUCUGUUGGGAGCGUUUCGAUCUGGAAAGAUGAUUUCACAUGACUAUGACUUUGACUACGGACUGUGCUUUCUUACAGAGGACGGUUGUGUUGCUGAUUUAGAGACAAGUAAAAAAGGGUUACCUGCAAUUGCUAACUACCUUUCUGAGUCUUUGGACAAAAAAUAUACAAUUUUACCGAGAGAUGACGUUGCCUUCAAAAUUGAAGUGUAUCAGGAAUCGUCUGGAAUACAUUGGGACAAUAAGGGUCAGUGGUACAACGUGCAUAUGGACUUGCAAAUGUGCUUCUCUCCGGACCAAACAAAAUAUGUGUAUGCUUAUUUCCGUGACGAUUACAAUGACUAUAUCGAUAUACAAGUGCCUGAUGUUCUACCUUUGUCUGAAAUUGAGUUUGAAUCAACCAAAUGGCCUUGCCCCCGGAAUCCAGAGAAAUACCUAAUUGGUGUGUACGGCUACAUUGGUACUCCUGCUAAGUAUAACUCUGUGACAAGAAAGUAUGAACCUUUGAACUAGUUAAUCUAGGUACAUGUAUUUUUAUAAUUUAUUUUUGAAUAACUCAGGCAUUGCAUGGUAAAUUAUUAACAGUUAAAAGGUGUGUGUUUGGCAGAGAGAAUUCUAUAAAAGUGGCUUCAUUGUG